AUGGGUUAUUGUGUCGAUAUUGUUGAACUGUCUGUAAAUGAAGGACUCGAGCUCAUGGCAAAUAACGGUGACAAGGAAAUGUAUGCAAUUCUCGAAUACUGGUCAAUUUCUCGAAAGCAUCAAUACAUAAAAUACAUCCAGACUGACAAAACCAUUGUGGACGCAGGAAACCUCGGUGUAUUUGGGAAAACAGGAUGGUACAUUCUAUCUUUUAUGACCGAUCAAUAUCCUGGAAUCGAUAUUUACAGAGAAUACCGUACAGACAAGGCUGCUAAAUAUCUAGCCGUAAACUCUUCAUCAACCUUAGGUAGACUGAUAGGACCUUCGAAAACAUGGAUUUCAUUUGAGCAACAAAUCAUCAACAAUUUGAAAUUGAAACUCUUUGUCGAAUAUACACCGAGUACUGAUCCAGAAUCUGCCAUAAUAAGCAGAAUUAUGGAAGCUAACAACAAGAAACAUUCUGCUCUAUUUUAUUUUUGGCAUCCCCACUAUUUGUUUGCCUUAAUUGAUAUUAAGGAUGUUUAUUUACCUGGUUACUCAGAUAGUUGCUGGACAGCCUAUAACCAGGAACAUGGUUUGAUCGACUGUGACUAUCCUACGGAAAUUCUAAAGAAGUUAAUCUCUCCACUUGUCGUAAAAGACGACCUCUUACCAUAUUUCUUCAACAAAUUUACCUACGACACCAAAGAUCAAAUCGAAAUUAUGGGAGAUGUUGUAAAUAACAACAUGUCAGUAUGGGAGGCUUCAUGUAAAUGGAUUAAGAACAAUACCAAUAUUGUGAAGGAAUGGAUUCCCAAGUCACAACCCCAACAAAAUGCAAUCAUAAUUGGGCUUAUUGUUGCGUCUUUGUCCGUUCUUUUGAUUAUAUUUUGUUUUUUGUUCACCAUUGUAGUGGUGAUCUUCUUGAUGCUUAGGAAAAAGAUAAGAAAACGAGAAUUGAGAUAUGCUCCAAAGACCUUGCCCAUAACUGUUGUUUUUACGGACAUUCAAAACUCAACGAUCUUAUGGAAUAUUUUUCCAAACAAGAUGAAAACUGCUCUUGAAAUUCAUAACCUGAUCAUACGAGUGAAUAUUUCAAAAUACAAAGGAUAUGAGUGCAAAACUCAAGGAGACUCAUUCAUGAUUGUAUUCGGCAAUCCUGCACUGGCACUCGCAUUUAGCUUGAACGUUCAACAAGAUUUGUUGCUUGCUAAUUGGCCUCUAGAAAUUCUCAACCAUGCAGACACUAAGGAGGUGAAGUACGAAGAACAGCUCAUAUAUAGAGGACCUCGUGUUCGAAUAGGAGUUCAUACUGGCAAUGAUUGUGAGUUUCACUUGGAUAAAACAACGCAACGCAUGGAUUAUAUUGGAAAUACUGUUAAUAAGGCCAGCAAAAUAGAAAGCUUAGCUGAGGGAGGAAGAAUUUAUUGCUCUGAGGAAUUUGUUGAAGCAAUCAACCAACAGGUAGCUCAGCAACACACCACAAUAGAAAAAGAAGCUGAUUUGAUAUUAGAAAAAAUAGCCAACAAGAAUAUUCAAUUUCAAUCAUUGGGUUUGGAAGAAUUAAACGGUUUGGAAGGGCUUCAUUCUAUAUAUUGGGUCAUGGACAUGAAUUGUAAGAGAACCUUGUAUCUUCGACAAUUAGAGCUGUCUACCAUGAAUAUCAACAGAGAAUUUCGGCAUAUUGAAGAACUUAGACAAUAUCUCUAUGAUCCAACUUCUCUUGACGAAAAAAUCAAAAGCAAAAUUUUGAUUGAUAUUAUCAACAUUCUUAAUAAUGGAUUUUAUGACAUCCCAUCGAGGAUGGAAAAAUUCGAAGAUACUCUGUUUGCAAUUGUUUUUCAUAACGUGUUUGAACGACUGAAAGAAGAAAAUGAAUAUUACUGA